AUGGCCCGUACCAAGCAGACUGCCCGUAAGUCCACUGGUGGCAAGGCUCCUCGCAAGGCUCUCGCCUCUAAGGCUGCCCGCAAGUCCGCCCCCUCGACCGGUGGCGUCAAGAAGCCCCACCGCUACAAGCCCGGCACCGUCGCUCUCCGUGAGAUCCGUCGCUACCAGAAGUCGACUGAGCUCCUCAUCCGCAAGCUCCCCUUCCAGCGUCUGGUCCGUGAGAUCGCCCAGGACUUCAAGUCGGACCUCCGCUUCCAGUCGUCGGCCAUCGGCGCCCUCCAGGAGUCCGUCGAGGCCUACCUCGUCUCCCUCUUCGAGGACACCAACCUGUGCGCCAUCCACGCCAAGCGUGUCACCAUCCAGUCCAAGGACAUCCAGCUGGCCCGCCGCCUCCGUGGCGAGCGCUCUUAG